UUUAUUUUGGACUGGGUCCCAUGUAGACUAGGCUAGCCUAGACCAUGCCACUUAGUCAAAGUCUGGCUUUGAAUGUGUCUGAUUAUCCUGCCUCCACCUGAUAAGAGCUGGGAAGAUCAAUGGGAGCCACCACGCCCAGCUCAACGUUCUGUAUAGGGAUUGGGUGUCUGUCAUUCUGGCCGGUGAAGGCGACCUGACCUGCAAUUCGUCUGGUACACCGCCGGCCAUCUUGCCUGUAGUCCUCAAGGACCACAACUCCCGGCAUGCCUCACGACAGCGCCCUCUAUACACAACAAAUCCCGACGUGUCUCUGGGCGGUCCGGAGUGGAGGGUUCUAGAAGGCGUGAGGUUGGGGGGCUGAAGAGGGCUCAGAGGCAGGUAAUCGUGGGUAGCGGUGGUGACGGCUACUGCGGAGUCUGGGAACACGAACGACUGGGGUCGCGGACGCAGCCUCGUCUGGAAAGCCAUGGCAGCCCUCGGCCGGCCCUUCAGCGGCCUCCCUCUGAGCGGCAGCGCGGACUUCCUGCAGCCGCCACCGGCCUUCGCGGGCCGGGCCUUCCCGCCAGGAGCCGCCGGCCAUGACCUGGCCCCGCGGCCCGGUGUCCGCGGCGCGCCGAGCAGCCCGGGCGGGAGAACAGCGCGCGGACGUGUUUCCAUUCACUGUAGAAAGAAACACAAGCGGUUGGCGGAGGAUGAUGAGUGUCCAGUAAGAAAGAAACGACUGACUGAAGCUGAACUCGGUGCCGUGGCUGAUGAAUGGGUUCUCGGCACACAUCAGGGGAUAGAAGGUCAUGGGGUAAACACGUGUUCUAGUAGCCUUUCUAUGCCCAGCAUGCUAGAUGUGCUCUGUGAGGAAAUGGAUCAGACAACUGGAGAACCACAGUGUGAAGUCGCCCGAAGGCGUCUGCAAGAGAUUGAGGACAGGAUAAUUGACGAAGAUGAAGAGGUUGAAAGUGACAGAAAUGUUAGCCACCUCCCAAGUCUUGUCCUUUCUGACACCAUGAAAACGGGUUUGAAGAGGGAAUUUGAUGAAGUCUUCACAAAGAGGAUGAUUGAGUCCAUGAGCCGUCCUUCUAUGGAGCUUGUGCUCUGGAAACCUCUCCCUGAACUCCUUCCUGAGAAGCCAAAGCCAUCUUCUAGCCCUAAGAACUACAUGAGAGAGAGCCAAGCAAAGCACGCAGCUCCAGGCACUGCCUUCCCCCAGAGGACUGAAGUGUUGCUGAAACCUCAGUGCACAGACGCACCGCUUUACCAUAGUCUGGAAACAGCUGCUAGCACAGAGGAAGAGAUGGAGCUCUAGACACCCGUUUCUGCUCUGACUUGACAAGUCGUAGAAGGCUCCUGCGUUCAGAAAUGAGCCUGCCUGCGGAGUAUAGGGGCCUGAAAGUUUUAUGAAACGGGUGUAAUAUCUCCUCUGCCUGUGACUUGGGUGGGACUGUCAUUGUGGGUAGCCAUUUAUUGAAUUCAACUUUUUGCCAAGGAAGCUUAUCUCAAGGGAAAUGCAGUUUUUUAAUAAGCUUAUCCAGGAAAUGUUACAGUCUCUUUAACGACAGCUAUAGAUGCUGGAUGUGUUCCGAUGACUUCGGUCAUGUGUCACAUUGUUGAAGCCAUUCAUUCUUGAGAUGAUCCUGUACAGGAGUGCUUGCUCCUAAUCGCCACUGCACCCUAAUUGCUGAGUCAUGUGCUGAGCUACUUGUAGUGGUCACUGUACACGUGGGGCUCGGGAGGGAAGAGAGCAGGACUUUGAGUCUCUUGUGAAGGAAUGGAACAAGCAAAGAAACUUGUGUUGGUGUCAGGUUGGUGUAGCUGGAUCACUCAAGUAGUAGCCCUUGAUCUCCUUUCAUGACUGAUAGGCUCAGUUAGUCGGUAACGUUUACACCUCAGUUAACUUCAGUGGUUGACGUAGAGUGUGAGGUAUAUUGCCUAUGAGAAAUGUCUUUUCAUGAAUCCUAAGGACAUGCUGUGUCAGCUAAACCUACAAUUGAUUGCUUCUAGAGUUUAAAAAGGGAAGGUUGUGCUUGUAUUAGCAAGUUGAAUUUUUUAAUGUUGGUUCCAAAAACAGUGACUUAGCUGAAAAGAAAUGGAGAAAUGUCUUGGAGAUUUACUGAAAUAGCUAAUUGUCUGGUGCUUAAGCUUUUGUGCAGUAAGCCUAAAAGUCAGCAGAAGAUGGCCUCCUGCCAGCAGGAGGUCUUUACCCUUAGUACCCGAACAGUCUCAAGGUGUUCUUUGGAAAUAACCAGGGUUAAAGUUGUUAAUUUCUCAGGAAGAGCUCUUCAGCAUGGCAGGACGUGUAAUGAAGGCUUUUGCAAGUCCUUCAGCGCUGUAGAGCAGUAAGAUGUCCAUCCGGUGAGUGUGGCGGCUCUUUCUACGGCUGAACUCCCCCUUGGUUGAGUUUUCAGUUUCUGGCUUGCUUCUCCCUUUGCAUGGGGAGAACAGAGAACAGGUUUAUGCUGAGGAGAGGUGACUUCUUAGAAACUUAGCUUCUUGGCAUUUUGCAACCCAUGCUGGCCUCCCUCCUGCGGAUGGCAUAGGAGUCCGUCUGUCGUUGGACUGUCUCCUCCUGCUGUUGUUCCUGCUCUCUUGGUUUCUGUCUAGAUGUCAGGAAAAGGUUUAAUGUUUAAUAUUUAAACAAAAUAUUUAUAUCUACACCAUAAAGUUACUCAACCUUCAAACCAGUCUUGAAGCCAGCUACUUGUUUCUUCAUCUCAGACUCCGAGGGGAAUAAAAGCUGUCUUCUGUGAAUGUGCAAGUGCUUGGCUCGUGUCAUUUGAAAACUCCCGGCUUAUCUAAUGGGACCAACUUGUGAAGUUUAUAGCCUUAAAGAAAUCUCUGUGUUAAGUUUUAAAACAGUUUAGAACCGUGCAGGGAUGCCGAGAGUCUGGAGUUAGCCCAGUGUUAGGGUAGGGAGGAAGCGGCAGCUUUCCGAAGGGCCUUAAAACACCAGGCCUGCCUCUGUGAAAGGCCCGCGUGGCUUUGAUGCGGUUGGUAACCACUUGAGAGCAGAGAUGUCUUAACUUGUCGGGAGUCCUUACCUGACAUGACCCUGUUUCAGCAGGAAAGUAGAUGUUUCGUGCUCCUGUUUGGAUUUUAUCUUCUUGCACAUGUUUGUACAGAAAUCACCUUCAUCCUUGUGGUGCUUACACACACCCCCAGUUGUCUCCACAGCCCUGAUGCCUUUGUCUUCUGUUCUCCUCUCUAGCAAAAGACUUUGGCUUCUGCCUUAAGGUUCUCCCAAGGAAUUAACAGGUCUUUUCAUCUUGUAUAGUUUUUACAGUGUGAAUCCAACAUUGGCUCAGUAUGCUAAUGUGACAGUCAACAGUUAUCUAAAGCAGGUGAGCUCUGAUGAACAAAUAUGUAUUUUCAGUGAGUCUGAGUCAGGUGUGUGUGGAUUUUUUGGUUCUUGGCUUGGGGAUUUGUGUUGUUCUUAAUAUGAAGAAAUAAUAUGAGAAUCCAGUUCUCAUGAUAAGAAUCAGUUAAAAACUGCUCAUUCUUAAAAAGGUAAAACUAAGAUUUAGAAACAAGGCAGGCCUUAGAGCCGAGGGAGACUAUUAGGCAGCAGGCCAAACCGCUCUGGCCCUGGAGCCGCCUUUGUUAAUUAACAGCCACAAGAACGCUGCAGUGCUACAACGGGCUGGAAGGUGUGUCAGAUUUGCAUUAAAGAUGAGAAUCUGCUGUUUCUGUACUUUAUUAUUUUCAAUAAAACUCAAUGUUUUGAACUUUUAAA